CGGGCUCUUCCUCUUCAUACUCGAUGAGGCACACGUGCGGCGAAAAUUGUUUGUUGAUUUAAAUUUCCGAACUGAAAUAAACUUGGUACAAUGGGCAAAAAGGACAAAAACAAGAAGAAGGGCAAAGGAGCGGAGAAGACGGCCAUGAAAACAGACAAAAAGCAGGCAGCCCGGCAAAAGAAAAUGCUGGAAAAGCUGGGCGAAGCUAAUAUUGCUGAUAUAAUCCAACUGCUGGAGGCCAAGGAGGGAAAGAUUGAGACCAUCAGUGAAUCCGUGUGCUCGCCGCCGACUCCCCGAUCGAAUUUCACCCUAGUUUCCCACCCUGAAAAGGAGGAACUCAUCCUGUUUGGCGGGGAACUUUACACGGGAACUAAGACCACUGUUUAUAACGACCUAUACUUUUACAAUAUUAAAUCCGGCGAGUGGAGGGAGCUGAGAUCGCCUUCAGGUCCCACUCCAAGGAGUGGACACCAAAUGGUGGCUGUGGCCAGUAAUGGAGGAGAACUUUGGUUGUUCGGUGGAGAGCAUGCCAGUCCCUCGCAGCUGCAGUUCCACCACUACAAGGACCUAUGGAAAUUCUCCCUGAAAUCCCGAAAGUGGGAAAAAAUAUCUGCCCCUAAUGGACCUAGUCCAAGGAGUGGCCAUCGAAUGACCGUCUCCAAAAAGCGUCUGUUCAUCUUUGGCGGCUUUCAUGAUAACAACCAGUCGUAUCAUUACUUCAACGAUAUUCAUAUUUUCUCGCUGGAGUCCUAUCAGUGGCUUAAAGCUGAGAUCGGAGGAACUGUUGUACCAUCGCCUCGUUCUGGCUGCUGCAUAGCAGCUUCUCCGGAAGGCAAGAUCUACGUUUGGGGAGGUUACUCAAGGGCCUCUAUGAAGAAGGAAGCGGACCGGGGAGUAACUCACACGGAUAUGUUUGUUUUGAGCCAGGACAAAAACGCCGGCGAUGCUGAUAACAAAUACAAGUGGGCACCAGUGAAGCCCGGAGGAUACAAACCCAAGCCGCGUAGCAGUGUUGGCUGCACUGUGGCUGCAAACGGCAAGGCUUAUACCUUUGGUGGCGUCAUGGACGUCGAUGAGGAUGACGAAGAUGUGCACGGACAGUUUGGAGAUGAUCUGCUGGCUUUCGAUUUGACCUCUCAAACAUGGAGGUUGCAGGAGAUCCAAACAAAAGCCGAGAAGAAGGAAACGGAUGAGAGCAAGGAUGUUGAGAUGUCCGCUCCUGAUAAGCCCGUCACCACUACCACCGAUGGCAUUUUCACGGUUACCGUUGGGGGACCCAGUACUAGUACUCCUUAUGUGUCCAAUAUACCGAGCUUAUUUCCUAAACCAAAACCCACCAAUGUGCCUUCCCCGCGCAUGAAUCCCGGCCUCUGCGUUUGCAAGGGAACACUGUAUAUUUUUGGAGGAAUCUUUGAAGAGGACGACAAGCAGUUGACCUACAACGAUUUCUAUUCUCUGGAUUUGCACAAAAUGGAGUGGAAGGUUAUAAUCCCCAAUAACUUGAAGGCGCACGACUGGGAAGACAGCGAUAGCAGCAGUUCCGACGAGGAAGUCAGCGACGAUGAGGAUAGCUCUAGUAGCUCUGAUAUGGACACUGAUUAGUUCUCUCAAAUGACUAUAUAUUAAAUUUGGUUAACAAUCGUA